GCAGUUGAUGCGGGACGACCGAGCGCGGCACGUCGACGCUCUCGCAAACCAAAAAUUCCGCCGGCGAUAAACAAAACAUGUCAAGUGAAUCGCAUCAAACGCGUGUGCAACUAUUUGUGUGAUAACCUGAAGGUACCGUGCGUGAUGUGCUAACUAAAGUGGGUUUUGGAACGUGCAUUUUGGAGUGGGAUCGCGGCCUGGACCGCGGUGAUCAUGCCAGUUGAGUUUAGAUAUAACCAGGAAACACGUGAAGCGGCCCGCAAGAAUAAAACCAUAAAAACAACCUGACAAAAGUUAUCUGUGAUCUCUGUAAUUUAGGAAACAAAACUCCGUAAGCCCUAGUUUUAGUGUAACGUGACGAACUAAUGCAAUACAUGACAGAAGCCCCAGUGUAGGAAGGGAAACAAGAUGGCGCGCGACUGAAAUGUCAUGGAUGACAGAUAGUGCGGGUUUUUCGGUGUUUAGGGAUGGGUUAAUGGGUGUAGGUGUUUGAAAAUGCCGCAUGCGCACUCGAGUUCAGCUGCUAGCUCGGGGGGCGAUGACCUGGGCUCCACGGACGAGGUCAAGGUGUUCAAGGAUGAGGGCGACGGCGAGGACGAGAAGCGAAGCUCCGAGAACCUUCUAGAAGAGAAGUCUAGUCUCAUCGAUUGGACCGAGAGUGAGGAAAAGUCUGGCGAGCCUUACUCCGGUAAAUUAUCGGUGAAAUCGGACUUAAGUCCUGUCUUCGGGAAGCUCGAGCCUCACGCGGCGGCCGGCUUCAACAUGGGCUACCUGGUGGCGCCGUACCCCUACCCCAACGGGGGGGCGCACCCCCUCCCCGUGUCUAUGGCCAGUAAGAUGGGUCUCCCGGCCGGAGGGGGGUUGUCUCUGUUCUGUCCCGGAGGAGAGCUGGGGCAGCCCCCGCCGGCGCAUAUGGGCAUCCCGCCGCCCUACCAGCUAGACUCCAAACUAGCCCAGCUGAGCUUUGGAGGAUCUUCGCCCAAAUAUUACCGCGGUGGGCAAUAUGGCGAUGAGAGGAUACCCUUUGUUACAGCGGGGUUGGCGCGGACUCCCAUGUACCCUUUUGCCGGGGGCACCUACCCUUACCCUAUGCUUAGUCCUGAAAUGUCGCAAGUUGCGGCGUCUUGGCAUACGCCGAGCAUGUACCCCAUAUCUUCGGCUGCGAGUGGGUUCCGGAGUCCGUACCCCACGUCUCUGCCUAUUACCAGUUCUAGUCUUUCAAGUAGUUUUGUCACCAGCGAGCUGUACCGGUUCUCGCCCACGCUGGGCGGCGGGCUGGGCCUGGGGCUGGGGCCCGCCCUGGUGCCGCCGCCGCCCUCCAAGGCCGAGCUGGAGUCGCAUCAGCGGUAUGCCAGAUUAGAAAAAAGCAGUGGCAGCGGCUCCAGCGAUAAGCCCCAAGAUGGCUCCGCGAAUAGCAACAGCAAGGAACAAAACAAGAAGCCACACAUAAAGAAACCACUGAACGCCUUCAUGCUCUAUAUGAAAGAGAUGAGGGCCAAGGUGGUAGCGGAAUGCACCCUCAAGGAGUCCGCAGCAAUCAACCAAAUUCUCGGCAGACGGUGGCACUCACUAAGUCGCGAGGAGCAGGCCAAAUACUAUGAGAAAGCGAGGCAGGAGCGGCAGCUGCACAUGCAGCUGUACCCCGGCUGGAGCGCGAGGGACAACUAUGGUUACGGUUCCAAAAAGAAAAAGCGGAAAAAGGACCGUAGUCCCGCUGAACUGGGAGGAAAUAACUUGAAGAAAUGUCGGGCGAGGUACGGGCUCGACCAGCAGAACCAGUGGUGCAAGCCCUGCAGGCGGAAGAAGAAAUGCGUGCGCUACAUGGAGGCGCUGGCGGCGGCGGCGGGCGCGGGGCCGCCGCUGGCUGCGCCGCAGUCGCCGUGCUCCGACGCCGACGACGUGAAGCUCGAGGACAUGUCCGACGCGUCCAGCGACGCGGACACGCCGCUCAACUCCGCGUCCAGUCCGGGCGGGCUGUCCGCACUGUCCUCGCUCGCCUCCCCCGCGUCCGAGCCGCCGCACCCCCCCGCGCCGCGCCACCCCGUCGGGACCAACCCGCGCGACGCCAACAACCCCCUCUCCGUCGGACAGCUGACGUCACAGAGCUGGCCGCGGUCCGCGCAGCCCCGGCCCGGACACGAGGUCAUCUCGGUCUCGUAGUGACAGUGCAGGACCACCGAACACGAACGAAUGUGCGAGGUGUUUGAAAGAGCGUGUGCCGGCUGAAUGUUAUUGGUGCUUUUGUUUUGACACGAGUGAUGGAGCAUGCUGUAGGUGUGAUGCUGGUGCAGCGCGGAUAGGGGUAGUGUUCGUGUUAACAUCUUGUUUGUAACAGCGCGUGCGUUGCACUAGUUUUGGAAGUUCUGUUUCUUUUUCGCUAGUGUUUUCUGUAAAGGAUUUUGUUUCGUUCGGUUCAAGUAAAUUUCGUCUGUUAAUAACACCAUCAAUUUAACAUGAUUCAACUCUUGGCGGAAGAGGUGAAAUUUUAACAGAAAACACUAGUAUUUUUCUUUCCUACAGUGUGGUCUUUCAUUCCUUACCUUGAGCAUUAUGAAAAGUGUUAAUCUACGUUGUCCUUUUCUGAAACUAUUUGAGUAAAUAAAUGGUUUUCGUAAUGCUCUAGUAGUUAGUUAUUGUCAGCCGGCUUAGUUCAGUACGUCGUGUCGGUGUCUGCAGUCGUGUUGGUUGUGAUAAAAGACUAUUUUUGCAAAUACAACUCGGCGAGAUAAACUGUAUAAAUAUAUGAAUAAAAAGUUAGUUACUACCUCUGAUGGGUUAUUUUGGCGGGUGCUGCAACAUACAAAUAUAAAUACUGACUGAUUUUCAGGCAUACCAAUGCAUUUUGCGCUUAUUAUAGUUUUUUUUUACUUUCUUGUAUUUCAGUCACAGAUGCAUUGCAUAGGCCUAAAGUUUUAAUUUAUAUUCAACAAUCAAAUAAUUUGGUAUGUCCGCAAUUGAGUCAAUGGUUUAUUUAAAUGUAUAAUCAAUAGAAAUAUAAUAGAUGCACAUUACCAGUCAUCUUUAAAUGAUCUCAAAAUUUGUGAGCCCCAAAUAAGUCAUUUCUAUGCAUUUCGUUUUACUUAAAUACUUCGCUCCAGCUUUUUGAUGGUCAAAAUGAAAAUGUACUUCUUGUUUUUUUUACUCUAGUCACAUUUCUAUGUGCCAUUUUUAACACACAUCUUUUUACGGUUUUCAAUUUUAAGCACCAAAAAGCUGGAUUCACGUGAUUAUUUGUCACACGAUUCAGUAUCAAUAAAAUUAUAUUUAAAAAACGUAAGCUCUCUUUUUGACAAAAAUAUUGAUACUUAAAUAGAUUUGACUCUGAGCACCGAAAUGAAUGAUUUUCCUAAUUGAAACGGCCUGCACCAGAUACAAGGUUCCAACUAGAGAUUGUUGAAGUUAGGUUUUAAUAGUUCCCUUUGAGCUCGUGUAUAAAGUAAGGGUUAAGGCUUUCGAGGGGAACGUACUCUUCCGUUGUACGGAGCCACUUAGACUGUCGUAGCUAUAGAGUAGGAGACACGUUGUAAGAAUUAUACUGAUUCCUAUUUUAAGUUUAAUUUCAGAACAAUAUUAUAAUAUGCGCAUGAUUUUGUUUGAUGUAAUCCCAAAUGAAGGUUUCGAUUCUAUUUAUUUAAUUAAAAAGCAACAAUUAAAUUUAAAACAGAAAUCAGUAAAGGACACUGUAUAUGUGUAAGUACAUACUAAAUGUAUAAAAUAAAAUAGGAUUAGUCUAACUGUGUCAUAUUAGGAGUUAAGUGUACUAUGCUACUUAUAUAUACAAUACAUAAUUAUUAUAUAAAAAAGAAGUUAAAACAAAAAUAUUAGUGGAAUACUGACACAUUCAAUUCAUUCUCGUACGUACUCUGUGUAAGGAAAAAGAUUUUUUUAAUGUUCAUCGACUUAUUUAUUGGAAAAGAGUUGUACUAUAGACACCUGAAAUUGUAUAUAAAUUUGUAAUUCAUAAAGGUUAAUAUUUAGAAGUCCUUUUGGUAAAAAGUUGCAUUUAUAUAAUUAAAAGAAGUGAUUGAGCCCUCGUAUAGUUCUCGGAUGGUUUGUUUUAUUCAUUAAAUUACAACAUUUUUGUUAAUUACUUUUUAUUGUUAUUAUUAAGAAUUUUAAAUGUUGUUACUUGCAAAGAACCCAUAAUUUGAUGUACAAUUGUGCCUGUCGUUGAUUGCAAAAUCUAUUUUUUAUCAAAAUUUUCGGAAGUAUAAUUUACUGGAAUGACCAACUGGGGAUACUUUUUAUCAUGAUAUUACAACUCUGACAAUUAAUAUGCAUUUAUUAUAACUCUUUUUUUUAACAAUUGACCAGACAGAUGCAAUUGAAUUUUUUGAUAAUAUCUUCCAAUGAUUUUGCAUGAGAUCCGAUGAAGUGCAAUAUUGAGAGAAAGCUGGGUAUUGUAUAGUUUUCUAAAGAAAAUAUAAGUAAAUAAGAUUUUUCUUAAAAGUAAUUUUUAGGAUUUAUAUUGAGUUGAAAAAAGAAAUUUAUGGAUUUUUAGUUUGCGCGCAAAAGGCGACAGUUUUAUUUUCUAUUUGUCUUAUUAUUUUAUUAAAUUGAACACUGUAUUUCUAAAUAAGUGCCAAAACCAUCUAGAACUUGAUAAAUACAGGUCUAUUACGAGAUAUUACAAUAAACACUGUUUUAACUGUGCCAAAUUAAAGAUAAUAUUCUGUAUACUGGUAUGUAUCCUUGUAAUGUUGAUACCUCCCGAAGGUCUUACGUUGGUAGAUUUCAUAGUUUGUUUUUUUUAUUGUUAAGAGGUAAAGACAAUUUGGCUGUUCGGCCUUUUCUUAGUUAUCUUUUUUGUAGAAAAAUUGACAAAUUAGAAAAAACACUCAAUUAUUAGGUCUGGUCCGUGUCUUGUGUUCAAUUCGAACGAAUAUUAUUUUAAUAAACAACUUGAAAUGA